UCCUGUUCAUAGGAUCGAGGCUAACUCAAGCAUAACGUCAGUGGAAUAAAGAUGAGGUAGAGAUUGAAGAUCUCGAGGAUCCCCUUCGCUUUUUUACAAGGUAACAUCUGCAACAUGAUUUAAUUAAAACUUUAAACUCCAGCUGGAGACUCCGACGUGUCUUGGAUACUGAAGCUUGUUGGUUUCUGUCCUCUGCGGAGGCCAGCUCGCUGGAGAAACGGCAGAGCAGAGGAAGGAUCUGACAAAGAGUCGUUAUUGAGGGAAACCUCGUCGGGAAGCGAGGUGAGAAUUACACCUUGGUGUGAUGUGUUUGGUUUAAUCGUGUUCCCUGCAGAUGUGCAGCAGCUGCUGGUGAUUACAGAAGGGGUUCUUUCUAAAUGGAGUCUUAUCAAGCAGAACCUAGAGUCCCAUGUCAUAAAGGAGGAACUAUGGCCCAAUCAGGAUGGGGAGCAGUUGAUAACAGGCUGGUAGAGACUGGCACCAGUUUACCAAUGAUGGUGGCCGCUCUGAAGAGUGAAGAUGAUGAUGAUAAAGAAUUUCAACCUUGGUCAUAUUCAGCCCACCUUCAUCAAGCCCAAACUGAAGGCAACACAGAUGUAGAGACUCCAACCAACAACCCAGAUAAACAGAUAAAAUCAGAAAGUGAUGGAGAGGACUGUGGAGGACCAGAACUAACCAGUAACCCAGACCCAAGCAGUUAUUUACAGCCAGAUAGUGACAAAAAAGCUUCAGGCUCUUCUGAGAUAAAACAUUUGUCACAUUUGAAACCUGAAAUGGAAGACGAUGAUAAAAGUUGGAAUCACAUGAAGGAACAUGGGUCAGGUGUACGCGAUGAUGUGGAGUGUAACUCUGCCAAAAAAUCCCUCAUCUGCUCUGAAUGUGGUGAAGAGUUUCACUACCAAAAAUCUUUCCAGAGACACUUGACACAGCAUUCAGAUGAAAGGUCUUUCAGCUGUACGAACAGUAAGAAACAUUUUAAAGUAGCACAAAAUGUAAAUGUGCAGAAAAGAGUCCACACAGGAGACAGACCAUUCAGCUGUGAGGAAUGUGGAAAAAGAUUUAGUCAAAAGUCAAGCUUAAACCGACACCUGAGACUCCACACAGGAGACAGACUAUUCGGCUGUGAUGAAUGUGGACAACGAUUUAGUCGAAAGACAAGUUUAAACCAACACAUGAGAAUCCACACAGGAGACAGACCAUUCAGCUGUGAUGAAUGUGGACAUAGAUUUAGUCACAAGAAAAUCUUAAACAGACACAUGAGAAUCCACACAGGAGACAGACCAUUUAGUUGUGAUGAAUGUGGACAUAGAUUUAGUCAAAAAAACAACUUAAACCGACACGUGAAAAUCCACACAAAAGACAGACCAUUCAGCUGUGAUGAAUGUGGACAUAGAUUUAGUCAAAAAGACAACUUAAACCAACACAUGAGAAUCCACACAGGAGACAGACCAUUCAUCUGUGACGAAUGUGGACAAAGAUUUAGUCGAAAGACAAGCUUAAACCAACACAUGAGAACCCACACAGGAGACAGACCAUUCAGCUGUGAUGAAUGUGGACAAAGAUUUAGUCAGAAGAACAACUUGAAUGCACACAUUAGAAUCCACACAGGAGACAGACCAUUUAGCUGUGAUGAAUGUGGACAUAGAUUUAGUCGAAAGACACACUUAAACCAACACACGAGAAUCCACACAGGAGAAAAACCAUUCGGCUGUGAUAAAUGUGGACAAAGAUUUAGUUACAAGACAAGCUUAAACCUACACAUGAGAAUCCACACAGGAGAGAAACCAUUCAGCUGUGGGGUUUUUGCUAAAUUAUGUGGCGUCAAAGUUUAAAAGGACAUGUGUAGCCACAAAAAAUAGAGAAGACACAAUUGCAGGAUUUUGCUACAAUCCUGUAAACAAUGUGUUGUUUCCAGUGUAGAUAUGUGCUGGUUAGAAAAACUAUAGGGGAAUAUUCCAGGAAAGUCUGUCAAUAAUGAGACUCAAACUGACACCAUCUCCUUAUUGAUCCUCAACUUGUUUGGGGGGGACACAGCUAAGUAAUUUUUGUUUUUAACUAAUUUAAGAAAGACUUGAACAAAUGUCUCACAUGCUUUGUCUCUCUCUGAUUGUCUUUCUUUUAGAUACAAUGAAAAUGCUGAUGUUUUAUUUUUUAUACAUUGGAUUUAUGGGGAGGAACACUCUUUUGGGAGUCCCAUUUCGACCUGUCAGUCAUUAUUUGAGGCGAGACUUAAAUCAGCUUUACAGGCAGCACAAGUUACCAUGGUAACUCAGUGGGGACUUAUUGAAACCAUUGUAGUAGUUUAAUUAUAUUGUUCUAAUCAUGUUGCAGCUUACUGUGUAACUCAUGAAGUUCUCAGAUCAAUAAAGAUGAGAUUAGAAAAUUAGAUGAUUCUUCCCUAAACUUACAUGAGAAGUGGUGAAGAUUUGCAACUUAGAUAUAAGAAAAGACAGACAAAUUACUUUGGUAUUAAUCCACUUUUUUGUUCAUGUGUUUGUUUCUUUUAUCAAAUAAUGUCCAAAUAGCAUGUAUUUAGAAAUCCUUUCUUUAUUCUCUUGAACAUUAAUUAAUUAAUGCUUAAUUUUCCUACAUUUUUAGCCACUUUGACAAUACAAACUUUGGUUGAACAUCAUAUUUACAUGUUUUCUGUUUAUGCUUUAAAUGUUCAUAUUUUAUCUUAUGUUUGUAGAAUAGUUAUUAAAUAUAUCGUAUU